AUGUACGUUACACGUUCUCAAAGCUUCACGAGCUCCUUCAACAGCGACCCUGUGGUUUUCGGCACCCAUCUGAACCAGGCCCACGACGAUCCACUCGACCAACGUGUUUCAAAUUCUGCAGUCGAAAGCUCACAUCACCGCCAUCUCCUGAGGAUCAUCGCAUCGUCAGAGGAGUUUCGGGAUGGUUCGAGCACCCUGCACCAGUUACUGACCGUUCUGCGUCCUCUCGUCCGGGCGGUGGGAGUCGUUUCACAGCCACCGCCGCUGCAUCCACGCAAAAUCGAAGACGACACAAUUAUACGACGACGACACUGUCAACGAUAA